CACAGGCAAUGUUGCUGCUACUGCUGCUGCUGCUGCGGCUGCUGCUGUGUUUUGCCGCGCGUCGCUCUGGGCCACGGCCACGGGCAAUGUUGCCGUGAUGUUUCUUGACCGGCCCGUGUGGAGCAGCGAUCCGGGUUCGCAACUGCGCAAGGCGCGGAGGGCGACGGGGGCCGUGACAGAGCCGUUCUCGGUCUCGCCCCGCGACACCACUGUUGCCUCAGAGAAGCAGACGGCCAAAGGUGACGACGACGACGAGUGGGACGUGCUGCUGUCUGAGGGGUGCCAGACGGCGAGUUUGGAAGACACUCUUGUCGACGCGCUGGAGCAUGGUAUCUUCGAUGUCGUAGAACGUGGGGUUGUUGGGGAUGAAGCUGGGGGGCUGCAGCACGUCCUGUCGGAACUGGCAUAUGACCACUGGCUCGAGUUGUUCGAGUUUCUUGGUCUGGGUAUUGUUUCGCUGUUUCACAGACGCCGCGAGCAGGCUGCGUGCUGCUGGCGGAUGCUCGAGUCUCUCGAGCGGAAUGCCGACAUGGCUGGCUUCCUGGAACGGCAGCAGAGAUCUAGGGAGUUGCGUACAUCUCUCGACCGCGGAAGGGUCACUGACGUUGCAGGACUUCAGCAAGGUACUGGAUGUCUGUAUACAUCUUCGGACUGGAAAGAACUUGCUUCUCGAGUGCAUGAGCGUAUUGCUCUGCUCGUCUCGUCUCCCUUGAAACCUGACCCGUCUUCGCUCGCAGGGUCGACGACAAGAACCCGAUCCUCCAAGACGUCAGCCAGCUCGCGGAAGAUCAGCCGCACCAACACGAUGGACGCCUCGCAGCAGCAACAAACCGACGGCAGCGCCGUCAACAACAAUAACGACAGAAGAUCGCUGCUGCCGCGGCCCAGCGCCGACGAGAACCAGCGGGCGCUCGACCGCGUCAGCUACCUGGGCGGGAUCCUGAUCCCGAUGCCCAUCGUGUCGGGGAUCCUGUCAAUGGGCGAUACGUUCGGGCCGUACGGCGACAAGUUCUUCGUGUUCUGGGCGGCCGCGCUGCCGCUGUCGGUCCUGGCCGUGCUCAUCAUCUACGCCGAUACCAUCCGCAAGGCUGAGGUGUGGGUCGAGAUCGCCGCCGAGCGCGUCGUGCCUUCUUCGUCUCCUUCGUCCAGCAGCGGUGAUAGCGAGGUGCCGGUCAAGUUCGAUUUCAAGGAGCACCGCAAAGUGACGUGGCAGGCGAGAAAGAGCAAGCGGCCGCCCUCGAACGACGAACCUCCUGUCCCGGAGAGGAUGGCCCCCGAGACACUGGCAGAGUUGCGCAUGGACUACGACAUUGAAGAGCGCAUCAUCGACAUGCCGUCGGCGAGGGUCGCGGAGGGGGUCGACCACUUUAUGACUAACGUCGUCACGGGAGUCACGUCGGACGAGGACGAGGGUGAUGAAGCUAGACCGGAGAGUAUCGCGGUGGCUCCUCCGUUCCUCCGAGCGGCUACUGACGAGCUGCGGCCCCCGCCGCCGAUGAUUCUGGAGCGGCCGUCGGACGGGUCGAAGCCCCGGGCCUGGAAGCGGCAGUCGCUGGGUUGGGUCGGCGCUGUCAAGUCCAUGGUCGGUGCCAGGCCGAGACGAGGCGACGAUGUUCCUCGCGGUAUUGCCGCGUGUGAGAAGCCAGGCAGGCGGAAGACGAGAACAUAUUGAGGUAGAUUGGAGGGGAGUGGGAAGAGAAAGUGCUCGUCUGGGCAAUAUAAGUACUUGAAAAGGAGCCCCUUUUAUUUCUCACAUUAGGCAUGCUAGACACGACACUGUAUAAUACCCCGUGAAGGGGUUUACCAAGUGUAAUUUAGCGCGAACUAGGCAUUGAGAUCAUUUUCACCCUAAAUAGCAUGCAAAUUCGUCUCUGGCAGCUUCGAUACAGUCAGUUGUUUACUUGUCGCCGCCAUUCAGGGGGAGGGGAACGGGGAGCCCCCCUCC